CCAGAGCCGAGUCCCCCUUAGAUUCCCACCUCUGAAAAAGUUUUUUCCCCAAACAGUCUCCAACCCACCGCAGGACUCUCUCAUCGUCACUUCUCCCCGCUAUUAAUUACCACUGCCACACGCACUUCACGCACUGAUAGCCACAGAAUCCACCUAAAACCCUAAUUCUGUGAAAGCUCUGAUUUUUUUAUCUGUGAAUGGCUAAAAAGGAGGAUAUUCCGCCGGACGAAGUCCGGUGCCGGAGAACGGACGGUCGGCAAUGGAGGUGUACUCGGAAAGUAGUAGAAGGGAAAAAGCUCUGUCAUAUUCACUAUCUCCAGGGCCGGAGAAGGCAGCUGAAGCAGAAAGUUCCGGAGUCGCUGAAAUUGGAGAGGAAAAGCAAGAAAAUUAGUAAGAAAGAUGGGGAGAAAAUCAGGGCUUGUUCGUCAAGAUCAUCGUCCAGGAGGAUAGUGAAAAUGGCGUUGGCGGCGGCUGUGAAGAAGAAGCAGAAGAAACGGUGCGUUUCUGAGGUUUUGGAUGAGGCGUUGAGGAGGAUGAAAUUGAAGAGAGGUGAUUUGCAUUUGGAGUUGAUCAGGGAGUUCUUGAAGAGGCAAGUAGAGAAGAAAAGGUUGAAGAAGAAGAAUGAGGAGGAGGAGGAGAGGGAGAAUGAGUGGAGUGGGGAGACUGAGUUGACUCGCGAGUUGCCAAAUGGCAUAAUGGCGAUUUCGCAGAAGAAUUCCGACAAUGCUGGUGGCCAUGAUGCUGUUGAUGUGAAAAUUGGAGAAAAUUCGUGCUCGGGAUGGAACACACAGAGGGGUUUUCGGUCCAAGAAUAUUGAACCCGUACCAUUGAGUACAAUGCAGGUUGUUGCAGUUGAAGUUCAGGAUCUUAAAUCGCUUAUCUUGUUUAGUCAUUUGUUUUUGGUUCAUUUUCAGUUGAAUUGGUGUACUUCUAUUCUUCUUUUAUGGCUAUUGAUUUUCUUGUGGAACUUUUUGGCUCCGUGGAAAAAGGUUGUACCAUCUGUGAAUUAUUUGAGGAGAGUGAAGAAAUGCCAUUGGUGUAGGAGGAGUAUUGGUUGUAAUUUGAUCAAGUGUUUGAAAUGUAGGAAGCAACUCUUUUGUUGGGAUUGUGUUAAAGAAAGAUACUUGGAGAAGAAAGAGAUUAAGGUGGCGUGCCCUGUUUGUCGUGAAACUUGUAGCUGUAUGAUCUGCCUAAAACGUCGAUGGAAGGAAAUGAGUCAUAAGGAGUUUUAUAGGGAUAAAAGGAAAAUUGCGAAAAUCCAACUACUUCAUUAUCUCAUUUCCUUGCUUCUUCCUGUGCUCAAACAAAUUAACCAAGAACAGAACAUGGAGCUUGAGAUGCAGGCCAUGAUUACAGGUGAAGUACCAUCCAAUAUCAAGAUUCAGCAGUCAGAGAUGGGAAACAAGAAGUUAUGUUGCUGCAACAAUUGCAAAACUUCAAUUGUGGAUUACCAUAGAAGCUGUGCGAACUGCUCGUAUAAUCUCUGCUUAAGUUGUUGCUGGGAAUUUUGUCGAGGAAAUUUAUAUGAGAAAUUUUGUUCCAAAGGUUGCAAUGGUAGGGAAAUUCAUCGGUCUGCUGGUGAGCUGCAAUUGAAGAUAAAUCACAUUAGCACUUCUUGCAUAAGUUCUUGCAAGGCGCCCCAUUUGUCUCCGAUGUCACUGAAGAGCUUGAAAGCUUGUUCUGAUGGAAGCGUAUUUUGUCCUCCAGUGGAUUUUGGUGGAUGUGGUGAGAGAAACCUUGAUUUAAGAUGCAUUUUUCCCUUAAGGUGGAUGAAAGAGCUGGAAGCAGGAGCAGAAGAGGUGCUUCAGUGCCAUGACUUUCCAGAAACUGUAGUUGUGUGUUCUUGUGACUCAUUGUGCAAGGGAACUGAGGACAAAGUUGAAAUUCAGCCACUGCAAAAGUUGGCUAAGAGAGUAGAAUCCAAUGAUAAUUUCAUCUAUUAUCCCACUUUAAGUGAUUUAAACAAAGAGAAACUUGGACAUUUCCAGCUGCACUGGGCUAAAGGUCAUCCUGUUAUAGUGCGAAAUGUUAUUCGAAGAACAUCAGUUCUGAACUGGGAUCCAGUUGUGAUGUUCUCCACUUACCUUGAAAGAACAAUUUCUAAGUCUCAAAAUAAGAAGGAAGUGAUUGAUGGAGCUACUUGCUUGGACUGGUGUGAGGUAGAAACUUCUGCCAAACAGAUAUUCAUGGGGUCAAUGGUGGAUGGCACACAUUUAAAUGUGCAGCAUCAGACCCUGAAAAUUAAAGCCUGGCUUUCUUCUAGCGUAUUUCAAGAGCAAUUCCCUUCUCAUUAUGCUGAGAUCUUGCAUGUUUUACCGCUUCAGGAGUAUCUAAAUCCAAUUUCUGGCCAUCUGAAUAUAGCACUCAAGUUGCCAGAAGAAGCGGCGAAACCUGAAAUUGGUCCUUGUAUUCAUAUUUCAUGUGGUGGUCUGGAGGACUUCAUGAAUGCUGAUUUUUUGACAAAACUCUGCUUUGACUCAAAUGAUGUGGUUAAUGUUCUUGCAUGUGUUACGGAUGUUCCAAUCACCAGAGAACAGUUCAAAAAUAUUCAAACAUUGAUGAAGAAGUACAAGGGUCAAGACCAUUUGCAAUCAAGCAGAAAGAACAAUAAUCGAGGUCAUUUGCUUUCCAGCAGUAAUUCUACUGAAGUAAAAGGAAAAUCAUCUUUACACAGUGAAGAAAGUCAAGAAUCAGGCUUGCAAGAUAUGAUGGAAGAAAGGUUAAGCUUACCUAAUGGAAUUGCGAAAGUGCCUCUUUUCACUGGCAAUUCAAUUAAAGGACAAAUAUCAUGCUUUGAAAAUGGGAAUAUACCCUUUGAUUCUGAAAAUGAGUCUGAAUUUGAUUCUGAGUCCUCAAUGCUUUGUUCUGGAAACAUUCAAGGAUUGGAAGAUUCAGAUGAUGAGACUUUCUUUAGGGAUAUCGAGAGCUCUAGUUCUUCCUGCGAGAAACAAACAGCCAAUCCAUCUGGUGCUCAAUGGGACAUUUUCCGUAGACAAGACGUCCCAAAACUUCUAGAAUACCUCAGACGGCAUUCUGAUGAAUUAAGUUCUGCAUACUGCUAUGGCGGACACGUGGUUCAUCCAAUUCUGGAUCAAAGUUUCUUCCUCGAUGCAUAUCACAAGAUGAAGCUUAAGGAGGAAUUUGGUGUUCAGCCAUGGACCUUUGAGCAACACCUAGGAGAAGCUAUCAUGAUUCCAGCAGGAUGUCCAUAUCAAAUUAGAAAACUAAAGCCAUGUGUCAAUGUAGUCCUAGACUUCAUCUCACCGGAAAAUACAACUGAAUGCAUUCGCUUAACUGACGAAAUCCGUCUUCUCCCACUGCGCCAUAGAGCCAGAGGAAAAGUGUUGGAGGUUAGGAAGAUGACAGCAUAUGGAAUCAGCAGUGCAAUUGAAGAAAUCCAAAAGCUAAUGUGCAGAGAGACUGGUGGCAAGCUUGCUGAGAGAUGAUGUACAAAGGGUAGCAACUAUACUUUAAGCAGCUUCUUGUCCGGAGAUAGGAGCUUUCUUUUUGAUAACUAAUGGCCUUGUCUUGCUACAAAGCUUGUAACGCUGAAGGUCACCACAUCUGUUAAUUGAUGGCCUACAGUUAAACAAGGGUCUUAUGCCACCAAACUUUCAGAUUGUAAAGUGGUAGUAGUCCUUUGCUGAACGAAACACUUCGUCUCUGAGUCUUUGCCUUACAUUUCUUACUUCUUUUCAUCUGUUUUGAGUUGGUAUAUACGUGAUAAUUUUUCUUUAUUACUUGCAGUUAUGUGUAACCUUUUGGGGUGCUUCGCUAGCUUGAUAAGGCAAAGGUGGAUUGCAUAUCAACUGGGAGGUAUUUGACAUUCAAUUAGAGCAAGAGCUUUGAGCUUCACGGAGACUUGGUUUGACAUUUGGCUGCCCCGUUUCUCUAAAGGAGGCUGUGAUUUGAUUCCCUGAUGGUUCAGGAUAAUUGUGCCUGUGUUCUUAAUAUGGGUGCAGAUAAGCAAAACUCAAGAGAGAGCUUAAUCGGUGAUAAAGGAGGUUUUGAUUGAGAGAAGACUAAUUUGUUCUGCGCUCUUUCCCAAAAUCUCCUUUUGAGUGAGAUAAAUGAUCCGCAUCUUCAAUUAAUAUACCGCGAGUUGAUGCAUGGAAUACCCGAUAUUGAAUUGUACAUAAUCCACGAUUAUUUCCUUUAUUUUUUCAAAAUAUGUAAUUUUGGAAGUAUAAAUGAAAACUCAGUCAAAAUGAAAUUUAGCUUA